AUGAGCUUUGCAGGAAACUACAAGUUUCAGAAUACUGAGCUGAGCAUUCUCGAUGGCUCUGUUGUCAGCCGGCAAGUGCUGGAGACGCAAGAGCCAGAAUUCAUCUCAAAGCUCGAAAACAGCCUCAUCCAGAUCCAGAGUGAGGCAGGAAGAAAGACGAUCAUUCAGAAACAUCAGGCCGUCGGUGAAGGAGAUCUCGAAAGUGAGAUUUCACGGGCGGAGGCGAUGGCGCAAAUCUAUCAGAAAGGAGCUCUCCGUCCCGAGCAGGACAUGGAAGCUGAAGAAGUUUGGGAAGCCUUGAUGUUGUGGUGUAGCUCCCAUGAUUCUGCUCUUGACCAGCAUCGGAUAGAGGAACUGGGGCAUGGGCUCGACAUAUGGAGAGUUGAGCAAUUCAAUCUUGUCAUGAUACCGAAACAAGAGUUCGGAACCUUCAACGAUGGGGAUGUUUACCUCAUCUUGAAUCGAGUCGACGAUCAGCAGGGAGCCAUCGCUCACGUCGAAGAGGCCUAUCAUGCCAGACGAUCUCGUGUGAAGACCUUGUGGACGAUGCACUUCUGGAUCGGAGCUGAGGCACAUCCCCUCAAGGCGGGUGUGGCUGCGACCCUCGCGGUGGAUCUCUGCAAGGUGCUGAAGCGACAUGCACGUCCCAUCCGAGAACUUCAAGGGGAAGAGAGUGAAAUCUUCACUACUCUGUUCCCGAAACCCAAAAUUGUCAAGGGAGGAUGUGAUCAUGGCUUCCGACGUGUGACAAAGACAGAGAGAAAGAAGCGCCUGAUCAGCAUCUCAGCUCAAGUGGUGCAGGGCCGUUUGAUAGCUGUGGCCCUGCUAGUCCCAGCAAACCGUCAUGUCAUCAAGAAGCGAAAUUGCUACGUCAUGGACACUGAGACGGCUUUGUACGUGCUUGUUGGACCAGACGCUCCUAAGCGGGUUAUCGCCAAGACUUUCCAGUUCGCCUCCUGCAUGCGCAUGAGAGAGCAUGUUGGAAGUCAAUCACUUGUCGUCGUCAACGACAACGAUCCUCGCAGCUCUCACUUCUGGGAGCUGCUGGAUGCUUCCCCCCUCUCCUCAACCUUCAACUUUGAAAACUUCGAGACGACUCUGUACCGCAUGGAUGACCUGCAGGAUGAGAUGGAGGUCACGGAGGUUCAGAAGGGAGGACAGCUCAAGAGAGAGCUCUGCGAUCCGGCCACCUGCCUCAUCCUGGACUGCGGGCUUGUUGUUUACGUCUGGAAAGGAAAGAACGCCACGUUAGAUGCGCGAGUGAUGAGUUUCGAGGUUGCAAAGAAGAUUGCUUCGGAGAGGGAGAACGCGUCAGUGGUGCUUGUACCGUAUGAUACCGAUGACGUUCUCUUUCUCUCCUACUUCCAAGACGUCCAUUGGAUUGUUCGCGCUGCUCCCGUGCGGUCCAACAUCAGCUACGAACCCAUCAAGGUCCGUGAGACCUCGGUCAGGAAGAUGCACAGCGUCACUAUCCGCUCGUGGCUCGAGACGGGGCAGGCGAUCCGGCAGCACAACAAGUCAGCGGCGUAUGUGCAGGAGGGGGGACUGAGCUCGCUCAAGGCAUGGAGCAUCGACAACUUCUCGCUAGUCGCUGUCACGGAGCCGCUAGUCGGUCACUUCGUCAUGGACCGCAGCUACCUGGUGCAGUGCACUUACAAGACGGAGGGGUUGGACAGGCACAUCAUCUACUUCUGGCAGGGGUGGGUCUGCAGCCGCGUCGAGUCGCUCGUGUGGCAGUACGACAUUUCUGCGCUCAUGGCGAAGCAGAUCGAGAAGCAGACGGGCAGCAAACCGUUCCAGGUCAGCGUGCAGCAGGGAAAGGAGCCGAGUCACUUCCUGGAGCUCUUCAGCGGGGCUAUGAUCGUCCACAAGACCUUCGCCAAGGCAAAGAACAUCCACGAGUCCAAGGACGACGAGCAUCUGAUGCUGGUCUAUGACGGCCUCUACGCAAUCGCCGGCACUUGCGCUUCCCGUGCCUACUGUAUACAGGUUGAAACCUCAGCGCUCUCGCUCAACAGCAACACGUGCUUCCUCCUCUUCUCUAGUCAGGCGCUGUUCCUCUGGUUCGGCCACUGGACGGACCUACAGGAGCGCGAGAUCGCCAGGCACGUCGCCGAGUGUCACCGAGGUGACGCGGAGAUCCUCGUCAUCCACGAGCGACAGGAGCCCCGCGAGUUCUGGGAGCGGCUGGGUAAGGAGAGUGGACACAUGUGCCCGAGCUUCGUGGCCUGGUGGAAGCCUCGGCUGUUUGGAUGCAAAGCGAUCUCCUGCCAGCUACGCGUGCGCGAGGUCUUCGACUUCUGUCAGGCGGACCUGCGUCAUCACAAGGCUAUGAUCCUCGACAACUACAACCAACUGUUCCUCUGGUGCAAUGCUGUGGUGCAGAGGAUGGCACUAUCGCUGGCUCAGGACUACAUAAAGCAGGCUCCCGAUGGAAGGAAUCGAAGCCAGGAGAUCAUCGUCGUUCACUUCGGCUGCGAGCCUGACAACUUCCGCUGCCACUUCCCUUGGUGGCUUUCAUGGCCGAGCUUGCCGGGCGAGGAAGCAGACGGCAUAGCAGCAGGCAGGAAGCAGGCAGGGCUGUCGAGCCACUGCCGCGCUCUCGGCAUCUCUCCAGCAGUUCUCCGACAGGCCGUGCAUAUGCUGAACAAGGUGACCCCGAGGGUGAGAGAUCCGCUCAAGCUCAUCGUGUGGAAGAACCACGAGCUCGCAAAGUGGAUGCGCUGGUCAAGCUCGACUUCGCCGUUUCACAAUACUUUCUUCAAGCGGAUGCAGGAGGAGCGAGGGCGAGAAUGA